CGGCUCGCUCCCGCGCGCUGGCUGCUGGGAAGGGCCAAGAUGGCGGCGGCCGGCGGCGGGACGACUCGGCUGCUCCUGCUCUUGCUGAUGGCGGCGGCAGCCCCUAGCCGAGCGCGAGGCAGCGGGUGCCGGUCCGGGCCCGCUGUGCGGGGGGCUGGGAUGGAAGGCCGAGAGAGCGAGGGCUGUGGCACCGUGGGGCUGUUGUUGGAGCACUCGUUUGAGAUCGAUGACAACGCCCACUUCCGGAAACGGGGCUCGCUGCUCUGGAACCAGCAGGACAGCACCUUAUCCUUGUCACAGCGGCAGCUCAGUGAGGAGGAGCGGGGCCGACUCCGGGAUGUGGCAGCCCUGAACGGCCUGUACCGUGUUCGGGUCCCGCGGCGGCCUGGGGUCCCUGACGACUCGGAAGCCGGCAGCUUCGUCUCCUCCUUCAUCCCCGCGUGCUCUCUAGUGGAGUCGCACCUCUCAGACCAGCUGACCCUGCACGUGGACGUGGCUGGCAACGUGGUGGGCCUGUCGGUGGUUACACAUCCCGGGGGCUGCCGAGGCCACGAGGUGGAGGACGUGGACCUGGAGCUGUUCAACACCUCAGUGCGGCUGCAGCCGCCGGUUACGGCUCCAGGGCCUGAGACGGCGGCCUUCAUCGAGCGCUUGGAGAUGGAGCAGGCCCAGAAGGCCAAGAACCCACAGGAGCAGAAGUCCUUCUUCGCCAAAUACUGGAUGUACAUCGUUCCGGUCGUCCUGUUCCUCAUGAUGUCGGGAGCGCCAGAUGCCGGUGGCCAGGGUGGUGGCGGCGGUGGGGGGGGUAGCGGAGGGGGCAGUGGCCGGUGAGUGGCCCAGGGCCAGCGAGCACCCCAUCCUCUCACCCAGGGGUUCCCUUCCUGCUCGUGCCUGUGGCAUUGGUCUUCCCCAGAAGGAUUCACCGGCCCCCCAUCCCGGAGGGUGGGAGUGCAGCCUCCCCAGGAGUGCCUUCCCGUUGGGCCCUGGCGUUCCUGUCGGCAGGGGGAGGCCGAGUUCUGGGCCCCACUGUACCCCCAGAGGCUUGGCUUCCCCACAGGAUGGAGCCCAAGCUCCUGGGUCCUCCUGAUCCCUUGUCUGGUACCCCAGCCCCCCCAAGCCCUGUAGUCCGGGAACAGGCCGGUUCUCUCCAGCUUCUGUGCCUUUGUCCUCACCCCGCCUCCCCCGCCUGCCCCGCCAGCUAGAUGGCCUCUAACAUGGCUGACAUAGUCCCUCGAGGGCACAGAGCAGGCCCGGGCUGGCUGUGGGUGCCUCGCUCCGUCCCUCCCCAGUCCCGCCCAGGGGCCUUGCCCUGCCCUGCAUCUGCCCCAGUCGCCAGGCCCUCCGUGGGCUCCUGGGCUGGAGGAAACGAUGUCUAAAAGCAGAAGAGAACAACUAAUGACAUUUCGCAGAGUUUGGGGCCUGGCAGUGUAAACCCUUCCCUGCCUGGACCGUCUUCCUUGGCACGUGGCAGUGGGUGGGGACGGCUGGGCCUUUUUCAUUUAUUUUCUCCCCACCACGCACCCUUAACGUGCCCGAUCUCGUCUGGUCUCAGAAGCUACGCAGGGUUGGGCCUGGUUAGUACUUGGAUGGGAGACCACCUAGGAAGACCGGGUGGUGUA